CAUGCCAUGCACAUCGCAUAUCAAGGUAUGCACAUCACAUGCUCGAGUUCAACAUGGCCGACGGUGGGGAAGCUGCCGAUGUUGGGAGCUCUUUCCCUAAAUCGUGGAAGUUUGCCCUGGCAAUUGGAGCUCCAAUUGCUAUUGGGGUAGCAGUUGGGGCUUUCUACUGGCAUAAGAGACGGUCUGAUUCGCUGGCAGGUGGCAAAGGUGGAAAAACGGACCCGAAAGCCAAGUCUAAGGACACCGGCAACGAAGCUACGGCGGCAACCACCGAUGAACGGACAGCGGAAGAGAAAGCUCAAGCAAGUAAGAACAAAGGCAACAAAUAUUUCAAAGCAGGACGCUAUGAGCAAGCCAUUGCCUGCUACAACGAGGCCAUUGAGCUGGUCCCGGAAGAUAAAGUCAAGGACUUGUCCACCUUCUAUCAGAACAGAGCAGCGGCACAUGAGCAGUUGAAAAAUUAUGCACAGGUUGUGGCUGAUUGCACCAAGGCUUUGGAGUUGAACUCACGCUACGUCAAAGCACUAUUCAGACGAGCUAAAUCUUUUGAGAACAUGAACCAAAAAAUGAAGUGUUUAGAAGAUGCAACUGCAGUGUGUAUCUUGGAGAACUUCUCACAUCAACAGAGCAUGAUGCUGGCUGACAAGAUGCUGAAAGAGUUAGGCAAAGAGAAAGCACAGCAACGAUACAAGGAGCGUGUGCCAAGCUUACCCUCCGGUCAGUUCAUCCGCUCGUAUUUUUCCUCUUUCUCCAAUGAUGGCAUCUCCAAAGCCAACGAUGACUAUAAUGAUGAAGGAGCAGGGGAUGUUGGAAUGAAUGGUUACCGCAAGGCUCAUCAACUCUUCACCAGUGGUGACUACGGUGGGGUGAUCGAAGCCUGUGAUGAAGAAAUAAAUAGUAGCGGUGACAGAUUGGCUGAAGCUCUCCUCAUGAGGGCGACAUUCUACCUCCUGAUGGGGCAAGCAGCUGAGGCCAAACCUGAUCUGGAUCGACUCAUCGAAAUGACAGAGAGCAGUGAAACACUGCGUGCCAACGCUUUGAUCAAGCGUGGCAGCAUGCACAUGCAGGAGGGUAAUUCCAGCGAUGCCAUGAAUGACUUUGCUACUGCCGUCAGGAUCGAUCCUGAUAAUGCUGACAUCUACCACCACCGAGGACAGUUGAAUCUUCUCUUGGACCGUAUCGAUGACGCAGCCCAAGACUUUGAGAAAUGUAACAAGUUAAAUGGCAGCUUUGCCCUUGCACAUGCUCAGUACAGCUAUGCCAAGUAUCGACUGGCUUUAGUUCACCAGAGCCCUAUGCAGCUACAGACAGCAAUGCAACAAUUGGAGAAUAGCACCAAGAAAUUCCCAGCAUGUGCCGAGGCAUUUGCACUGUAUGCUCAGGCUCAGAGUGACCAGGGGCAGUUUGCUACAGCAGAUGAGAACUUUCAGAAAGCGAUUGCCCUGGAACCAGACAACCCUACAGCUUAUGUACAUAGAGGACUUCUCCAUCUUAGUUGGAAGAAAGAUGCCGAGGGAGCCAUCGCUAUGAUCAAGAAGGCAAUGGAAAUUGACAGCAAGUGUGACUUUGCUUAUGAGACGCUUGGAACUAUUGAAGUACAAAGGGGCAACAUGGCAGCUGCCAAGGACUACUUUGAGAAGGCCAUUGACCUAGCACGCACCGAGAUGGAAAUGUCCCACCUGUUCUCGCUCAGCGUUGCUGCUGAAGCUCAGCAAAACGUGACAACCAAGUACAACAUAACACCGCCCUCUCCAAUACUCUAGAUCCAGGCGUAAAGCAUCAAUUGGAAACAUUCAUCAAGUCAACAAAAUUAACAUCAGUAGAAACAAUGGAAUUUCCGUAUGUAUCACAGCACUGCUUGCAUUUAGCUUACGAAUAUUGAAUCGUAACAUUUUAUUUGUCAUCUGGUGAAAAUCAGUGGGUAGAAACAGCUCAUGCUGUUAGUGUGAAGAAACCUAGACGCCAUUUCCAUGGCUCUUCUCGGAAGUCCAUUUUCUGCUUAGCAAACCUUUACCCAUGCUGUCUUCUUGUAUUCUGUUCAAAAUGUUGAUGUCCUUGAGUGCAUAACCGUUUGCACAUAUGGAAUCUGUUGAAAUUUUAUGCGGUUCUGCUAUUUUUGACAUGUUUUCUGUAACUUUGCUCAGGUUCAUCAAUAUGUGACCUGUCACCACAAAAUGAGCUGAAAGUCAGAAUUUUGAACAAUUGAGAUAUUGUUAUUUUUAAAUCAGUAGGAAGAGAACUUUGCAAUGGUACGUACACGCAACACGUAGGGUAAAAGUAUGAGGUGACAAUGUGGCAUUAUUCUGGCAGUUCUGCAUCUUUAUUUCUAACAUUGUUUCAACAUUUCUGACCGGGCACAGAUAAUGCUAUCAUCGAAAUUGCUGAGAAAAUGACAUUUUUAAAUAUCUGAUCCUGCUAACAAAAUUGGAAUUAAACGGAGGGGUUACUAUGUCAAAAUAUAACAAGAUGCCAACCUUGACCUCCACUUCAAUAUUUGGCUGUGAACCCUCCAAACAGGCAAGAUCAGAAUGCGACUUAACGCUCAUUUUGCCGUGGCCGGUCUCCUAUGGCCUCUUGUAUUACUUUAUGCUGGUAUACCAAGAUGUGUCUAGAAGUUAUGGCUAUGGCUGGAAUUAACAUGCAUGUGUGUGGAAGCCAAUGGCUAGUUGCCUCCCAUAGACUUGCAUGGCACUUCUAGCCAUAGUCAGUUGACUUGAACAUGGUGUUAUCUUCAAUGCAAUUCUCAUUGAUUGUCUUAUCGUACCGAUGUGAGGGGAAUUUUGAUUUGUUAUUAAUUUUUACGUGUCCUUCAAAUAUCCACAAACCUUUUGGAAGAUUUUGCAGGACUUGGGAAGGUACAUCUUAAGUAGACUUUUUAUUUUGAUGGAUUGGAAGAUUCAUAAUCUUGGCCCAAGACUUGAUUGAAUCAUGUUUGCCUAAUCUUCAACUGGUCCCUAGCAUUGAAACAUGGCCCUGGCAAAUGUGGCAUAAGGAAAUGAAUGAUAGAGGGCGCUCUCAUGGAGACAAAUCAGAUCCAUUCUUGGUGUAUCCCAGAGACGUCUCCUAGACUGGAUUGGUCAUCAUCAAAACACAUGACAACUCGGAUGUACAUGCACUUCCGACUAUUUUUUGGUCUGUUUUGUGCAUCUGUGUAAGCGCAUUAAAAUUUGAAGAGCCGGCAAAAGCGGCUUCUUUGGCUUGUACACCCUGAGUGGAUGAUGUCUGUGAUUUUGCUAUACCUUUCUGAAAAAUGCAGAACAUACCUAAACAUGCAAAAUAGUCUCAUCGUGUAAUGUUAAAUUAUUCUUACAGUGACUUGACCAUAGGGCUAACAUCUAAAGUGAAGCCUGCUGGGUACAUCCAUGCUUGUGCGCAAACCUUGGAAAACUCAGAAUAUUGUAUGGCUGUUGGCAUAUGCGUGUAUCUGUAUUCUAAAGUUUCAGUCAACCAAGCCAAUGUACCAAAAACCUGAAUGCAUAAAUCCAUACAAGAGCAUUUUAUUUUGCUUGAUAUAAACAGUGCCAGUUGAACACUGCGGAUGAAUUAAGCUAAGGCUUUGCGAUGCCUCACGCUCAGAGAUUUAAACUAAAUCCGAUAUAAGUCAUUUGUGUUCAUUGUGCUUUUUCCCAUUGCAUUUAUAACAGUUUCAUUCAAAAAUUGUUGCAUCGAUUUCAUUAUGUUUUACAAACACUCAAAUGAAUUAAAAAUGUUUCCAAAAAUGGCUUCAAAAACUGAAUGACGGGCUAGCUCGCUAGUACAUGUAGUUUAAUAGACAGAAGCAGCUGUGUGGCUUAUGCACGUCCCUUAUAAUGAUGGACUCUCUCAUUUCUCCUAUUUCUUAAAGGUGAAAUACUCUCAGGUCUCUUUAGGUAGGUCUUCCAGGUUUGGCAAGUCGAUCGUUGUUCCAUUGUCUCGAUAGCGCCCUCUAGUGUGGCUCUAUCUCAGUUCCCUCAGCAGGUGUAUGUAGGCUUGAGAAAAUUAUGAUCCAGUCUUGGGCCGAGACAAGACUCCAAACAAUACUGCAUUAGGGUAAGAAGUGUUGUUUUGGGGCUGCAUAUUUAGCUAGAACUUUUUCCAAAUUCUUGCUGUCAAAAUUUUAAUUAGGCAUGUCUCUUGUGAGGUUAAUUUGUGUGUUUAACCCCUUGAUGUAGCUUUUUUUUACCUGAGGACUUUGAGAUAUGAAAUCUCAAAACACUGUAAACAUAUGCAUUCCUCUGCCGGACUUAAAUUGCAUCUCGGAAUCAUGCAUCAGUGUGAAGAAAAAAUGAAUGAAAAUCUUUAAGUAUUUGCUUUUAUUUCCCAUAUUAAAUAUUAAGCCAAUCUUGGGAUACAACAAAACAAGCAAGUCUCUUCAGUUAGUCAUAAACACAUUGAGAUUAUGAAGUUUCGGUUCAUAAAAUGUUCUAUAAAGUUGGACUUGAACACAUCCCUUAUGUCAAAGCUGUUGUCGUUUAUUAAUUUUGACAUCAGUUACUCCUAGAAAUUCUCUUUACAGCAGCAUUUUUCACUUUAAAGAUGACAACUCUUCACAUUCAAGGAAAUAAUUUUCCUUUCAACAGAAUCUCUGAAUCAUUUGACCUUCAAAACAGAGUACCCCGCCUUUAAUUCAUGUAUACAAGCUCACUAGGAUCACAAUAGAAUCACUUUCAAUGAUGUGGACAUUGAAAGAUUAUCUGCACGCUGUAUGAACCUGAAUUUUUAUAACAUUGGAUGGGUUUGAUCCUUUCCCACAUAACUUCCGCUUUGUCAAAGUAGCCGACGGCUGUUGGAUGUACCUGCAACUAUUCCCAUGAUAACAUCCACCAUCCUUACUCUUUGAGUUGUAACUAGACGAAAAUCCUAUCGGACACACACACACAUUGCCAACUGGACUCAAAAAUUAAACAAUACCCAACCUGUUUUGCAUCUAGCUUCGGUGAGCUAUACCCUUUUGUGGAUGUGUAUUUAAAUUACCCAGGUCAAAGUACCAUCAGUUGCCGAUACAAACUCCAACAUGUGCGCGCAAAAUAGCGAACGCUAUGCUGGAUAGCAGGGCUACAUGAAAAAGGAUGGAUGUGAAAACCAAUGUAUGUCCUGUUUCGACUAGGAUUACGAUGAGAACUUUUUCAGAACCGAAAAGCAGUUUCGCCGAAAGUCGAACAUUUGUCGCUUCUU